AGCGCAGCUGUGCAGCACUCACUCACGACACAAACACGCUCCAACACACGCAAAUCACUGCUCUUCCUCCUCAUUCCCAACACCUGUACGGCAGCCGGACAGGCCGUUACCAUGACGACCACCCUGGUGAUCGAGCAGCCCAAGCCAGUGACCGACGCCGUGGAGAACAGCCAGUGGAGCUCCGGAGUGUUCGACUGCUGGGGCGACAUGAACACCUGCUGUUUUGUGUUCUGGUGUUGUCCCUGCUUUGCGUGUAAGACAACACGGGAAUAUGGCCAGUGCCUCUGCCUCCCUCUGCUGGACAUCUGCGGCAUUGUCCCGCCAAUCACCUUCGCCAUGAGAGUCUCUCUGCGUGAGCGCUACGGCAUCAAAGGCACCAUGUGUAAUGACUGCAUGUGUGCCACGUGCUGUAGGGCGUGCACCUGGUGCCAGAUUUCCAGAGAGAUGAAGAAGCGCUUUCAGCCCAUUGUGCUCAUCAAUGCCAAAACCAAAGAGUGACCGUCCUCUUCCUCUCCCUCACUGAAUCCUAAAGAGUGAGGCUCCUCUUCCUCACUGAAGCCCAAAGAGUCACCCUCCUCUUCCUCAGUAUCAAUGUGAAAAUGUAAAAGUUUAACAUCAAAUUUGGUCUCUUUGGGUUAAUGACUUUGGAGGAUUUAUUUCAGUAACUGCACCUUACCUUACCUGUCAGUGUCUCAAUUCAUGUAUAAAAUAUGAAUACAAUACCCUG